AUGGAGGACUUCACGAACACCGCUGACGACGACACCACCCAGUCUGUUACAGGCUCUCCAAGCGAUGCUUUGAUAGGCCUUGAUCAAUCCGACCCCGCCAUCAACGAGGAGAUUGUCAAAGAGGCUACAGUCGAUACCUUCGACGGCGCAUUCCCCACCGAUGCCGCAGCGAAAGACCAGCUGUCGCAGGGCGCUACCAUACAAGACUCAGAGGGGUUUGAUCCAGACGAACCAUUGCUUUCGAUAGAUACGUACGAGGAGUCGGCACCUGUUGCUGCAACGUCGGAACCAGUCGUCGACCUGAACACUGCGUCUGCCGAGGCUGCGGAAGGAGUUCCCGAAUACAUUACGCAUGGCCGAGUUCGCCCAGUCCGGAUAGAAAUUGUUUUGCGACGUCUAUCCCCAGAAGAAUGCGCGCAAUACCGUACCAUCCAGAGCGACGUCGUUGACGAGGUCAUUGGAGAGGUAGAAGGGCCCGAAUCAGAGCUGUGGUACAGCGUCGAGUUUACAGAUGGACGACAAGACAUUAUAUCGUUUGGAGACCUUCUUGCCUACGACGGAGGUGAAUCUGCUCUUCAGAAGAUGCAGGGCGCCGUGGACUCUGAGGUCGAGACUGGCGCCUUCCACGGGCAGAAGCGAUCUUGGGAGGACACUUUGGAGGAUUCCGAGGCCGAUUCUCAGGCGGACCUGGAUCUCAUGGAACUUGACGAAGAAGAGUUGCCUCGCCAAUCGAAACGUCAACGAAGCGUCCUUCAGCGCAGCGCCCGCCUCACAUCCAUUAUUGAUACCGAUGAUGAAGACGAAGACCAAGUUUAUUCCCGUCGUUCGCGACGUCAACGCACGACCACCAGACAGAGCAGCCGCCAAAACUCUCAUGCUGCUGUUUCUGACGAUGAGGAUGAGAGCCGGCGGACUCGUUCACGAAGGCACGAGUCUUCACAGCCACAGCGACAACUGAGAGAGCGAACUCAAAAGCAGCUCACACUCACUAGCAUGGCUUUUGGAAACCCCAGUCUGACUCGCGACGAUGACAUGGACGAACUUUCCCAAGAUGCCCCUCCUCAGCAAUCUGACGGAGAAGACGACGAUUUCACGUUCAUCACAUCGGACCUUCAACCCAAGCCGGGCCGAGGCAGGCGCAAGCAGCCUAGACGAUCAAAGUCCUCCAAGGCAAGGCCGGAAGCGAAACCCAGAUCACGCGAUUCUUCGAUCGAGUUUGAGGAUCGCCGUCGAUCCGGUAGGUCUACCAGAAACAAGGCUAGCAUGCUCGACUCCGCCCCGAUGGACGAGGAAUCCUUCUACAUCGAGGACACUGCUCCAGUUGGAGCACCAAGAGUGAUGAAUGUCAAGGAGGUCUUUAAACAACUUCCACAUGAUUCACCAUUCUUGACCUUCCACUCAGAUAUCUGCAGCAGUUGCAACGUUGGGCCCGCUGCCAAUAAAGGUCCUCUUAUCAGUUGCCAAGGCUGCUCCAUGUCAUUUCACAAAGUUUGCCUGGGCUACAGAUCAGCUAGAGAACACUUGGUUACGAAGGUUGGAGCGGAAGACUUCGUCCUUCAGUGCAAGUACUGCAUUGGCUUCUACGGCAAGAAGGAUAAGCAUGCUCCUCGUCAUCACAACUGCCAGGGAUGCGAAAAGCCGGGACGUUCUUGCGCAGCAUUUUCGCCAAGGAGAACGCCGAAGCAAGAGGAAAAGCUUCGAGUUGAGAAUGGCGGCGAGGAUCCCAUCGCACCUGUGGAUCCAGCUCUCGUCAACAACGCAGAAAACGUCCUCUUUCGGUGCACCUCAUGCAAACGUGGCUGGCACUAUGAACACCUGCCGUCUUCUCAGAUGGAGACCGACUUGUCCGAUAUCCGUGACCAACGUCUCUCUGAGUACUCCGUGGAUUGGAAGUGCCAUGAUUGCGCUAUGGUUUCCCACAAGAUUCAGACCCUGGUUGCCUGGAGGCUUGCAAAGAAGGACUCGUUUUCAGACGGAAUGACAUACAGCGACUUCUAUGAGGACGAAAAAGACUACCUCAUCAAAUGGGCGGACUGUUCAUACUUUCACUGUACCUGGAUGCCUGGGGCCUGGGUCUUUCACAUGGCUCCUGGAGCUAUGCGGAAUUCCUUUGCGAAGAGGGACGCAGAGCAAAAUCUGUCUUUGAGAUGGACAACUGAUGAGGCUAUCCCGGAGGAAUACCUCCUUACAGACGUCAUCCUUGCUGCCAAGGUCAAGAACGGACGAGCACGAAGCCUGCAGGACGACAUGGAGCGGAUCGGGAGUGUCGAUAAGAUUUACGUCAAGUUCCAAGGUUUGGGGUAUGAUGAGGCCGUUUGGGAUAAGCCCCCAAAGCCAGACACUGGGGAGAUCUACAAUACGUUCAAGGCUGCCUACUACGAGUACCUCACUGGCAAAUAUUUCGUCAGUCCCUCAAACCACAAGAUGAAACAGAGAGUGAACGAUUGGAAGGAGGAAAAGUUCGUCGCUUUGACCGAGCAGCCCAAGGCAAUCCGACGGGGCAACCUCAUGGCCUACCAGCUCGAAGGUGUCAACUGGCUGUUGUACAACUACCACGAAGACAAGAAUGUCAUUCUUGCCGACGAGAUGGGACUCGGAAAGACGGUUCAAGUCGUUAGCUUGAUCUCUGCCCUCGCUCUAGGCGAACCCAAGUGUUGGCCAUUUCUGGUCGUUGUUCCAAAUGCUACUUGUCCAAACUGGCGCCGCGAAAUCAAGCAAUGGGCCCCAGAGCUUCGAGUUGUGACCUACCAUGGCGGCAAGCAACCCCAGGAACUAGCCUACAAAUACGAGCUCUUUCCCAACGGCUCGUCAGACAUCAAAGCCCAUGUCGUGGUCAUGUCAUACGACUCCGCUCAGGAUGACCGUACGAGGAACCUGUUCCGCUCUGUUCAGUGGGCCGGGUUGAUCGUUGAUGAAGGUCAACGACUCAAGAAUGACAAGAGCUUGCUGUACCUGGCAUUGCGCGCGAUGCGGUUCCCCUUCCGACUUCUCCUGACAGGCACGCCAUUGCAAAACAACAAGCGAGAGCUCUUCAAUUUAUUGCAAUUCAUCGACCCUACGCAGAAUGCGGAGAAGUUGGACGAACAGUACCAGGAGUUGAACGCGCAAAACCUGCCAGAACUCCAUGGGCGAAUCAAGCAAUAUUUCUUGAGACGAACGAAAGCUCAGGUUCUGAAGUUCCUGCCUCCAAUGGCGCAGAUCAUUGUGCCAGUGUCAAUGUCGAUCCUUCAGGAGAAGCUAUGCAAAUCUAUCAUGGCGAAAAGCCCGGACCUCAUCAAGGCAAUCUUUGCAGAUGACAAGAUCAACAAGAAAGAGCGUGGCAGUCUGAACAACAUUCUCAUGCAGUUGCGGAAGUGUCUUUGCCAUCCUUUCAUGUAUAGCGAUGCGAUUGAGGAGAGGGCUGUGGACCAAGUCAAGAUGCAUGAGAACCUGGUUUCUGCGUCUGGCAAGCUGAUGUUGCUUAGUAUCAUGUUGCCCAAACUCAAGGAGCGUGGACACCGUGUGCUCAUCUUCAGCCAGUUCUUGGAUCAACUGGAUAUCGUCGAGGACUUUUUGAACGGCCUGGGCUUCUUGCACAGGCGUCUUGACGGCAAGAUCAACAGCCAUGAGAAACAGAAGCAUAUCGACGCAUUCAACGCCCCGGACUCGGAAGUCUUCGCCUUUCUUCUCUCCACCAGAGCAGGAGGCGUAGGUAUCAACCUUGCAACAGCUGAUACCGUUAUCAUCCUAGAUCCCGAUUUCAACCCCCACCAGGACAUCCAAGCCAUCUCUCGCGCGCACAGAAUCGGCCAAAAGCACAAGGUUCUCUGUUUCCAGCUCAUGACGAAGAACUCUGCGGAGGAGAAGAUCAUGCAGAUUGGCCGCAAGAAGAUGGCCCUUGAUCAUGUGUUGAUUGAGGCUAUGGACGACACAGGGGAGCCGGAUGACUUGGAAUCGAUUCUCAAAUUCGGAGCCACUGCGCUUUUCAGCGAUGACCAAAACGAGAAGGACAUCAUACGUUACGAUGAGGCAAGUGUUGAGAAACUUCUCGAUCGCUCUCAUAUCGAGCAAACAAGCACUGGCCAAGAUGAAUCCGCCGAAUCGACAUUUUCAUUCGCUCGCGUCUGGGCUAAUGACAAGGGCGGGUUCGAGGACAACCUGGCAGAGGAGAAUGAACCUACCGUGAACCCUAAUGUUUGGGAGGAGAUUCUUGCUGAAAGAGAGGCCGAGGCCAAAAGACUAGCGGAGUUGAACAAGGAAGUUCUUGGUCGUGGAGGACGUCGCCGCCAGGCCGUGAACUACAAGACGAACGCCCCCAUGGCUACUGAUGUUGCUGUCGACCACAGCGGUAGUUCCGAUAACGACGAGGACUUCGUGGGUGGUGAGGACGAGGAGCCUGAUACUGACCCAGAGGACAGAAACACGAUGAGUAAAGAAGACGCCCUCUACGCGGAAAACACCAAAGAGAGACGCCGCGGCAUCCUCCAAGACGUCAAAGUCGGCCAAGUCAACCCCCCAAAAACGAGCACCAAGAAAGACGCCAAAGUCAACCCCAAACAAAACCAAAACCACCCCGUCCAAAGCCACUCCAUCCAAGGCUACCCCAACCAAGGUCUCCAGCAAGGCAGCCAAGCCAACCAAGGAUUCCAAGGCAUCGCAGCCCAAAGAGCCUACCAAAACGGAACGCAGUCAGGCCAAAAAUAUCCUUCUACCAACCCCUCAGGAUACUCCGACCCCGUCCAGCCCGGCUUACAGAUCUUCCCGCUCGCCAACGGUGGAAAACGAGGUCGACCCCCAAAGUACGGCCGACCAUUGAAAUAUGACAUGGCAUGGCUUGACAACGUCCACAUCCAAUCCAAUACGGGGUCCGGCCCACAACCUCCAGGCUCCGGGCCACAACUACCAAAUUCUGCGAACUUCAAUAAGCCAGAAAAGUCUUCUCGUAAGACAUCAUCUGGCCCAUUUCAGAUGCACCCUAACGCAAUUGCUUGUGCCACUUGCGGCCUGCGACAUCUUUUGCCUCAAUGCCCAGUUUUUACAACGGAGAUACAAUUACGACUUGCUCUUGAUACCUUCCAACACUGGCCCGCGAAAGCCAGAACACCUGCAGCAGAGCAGUCUUGUUCGCCCCCGGCAUCAAGAACCUCGACGCGCGGUACGACACCUGACUUUGACCCGUCAGCAUCGAUCACGAACGGAAUCAGUGGCGUGCGGAUUUGCGGCAUGGAAACAUCCACCUCUCUCCAGGCGAGGGACCACCGAUACCCUGGCGAGAUGCCUCCUGCCUCCUUCCGUCGUUACCAGCCUCAACACCAUCACCAACAACAGGCGCCGAUGAGGCACAUGCUCGCCAACGCCGCCCCCGCGCCACGCAGCAUCGACGCCCCGAACUGGCGAGUGGGUACGAACAUGACGACAGCUGCUGCCCAGGUUCACGGUCACUACCACACGCCCAGUCUGACCAGCGGUCCUGAAUACCUGGCUAUGGGAGCCCCGACCGCGGAGCAUCAACCUGCUACCGACCAGGGUCAGGACAUGGGUGUCGACACAUCGGGCUUUUACGCCUACUGCCUCGACCGCGGCAACGGCAACUACACCAGACUCGUUCCCGCUGAUACUCUCCCACCCUUGGUCGGCAUCCCAGCUGUGCAGCACGGCGCUGAGGGCAUGCUUGUGCUGCCCUCGCCGCGAGGGCUGGAUCACCAGAAUCCGUCGGCUGGUACCAUCCAGCCGGUCGCGUUCAAGAAGAGAAUCGACCACAUCGUUGCCUCCUCUCCCGCCCCGCCCAAGAAGCCCAAGAUCUACUGCGACAAGUGGGUUCACGAAGGCGUUUGCGCCUUCACGCAGCAAGGAUGCAAGUACAAGCACGAGAUGCCGCUGGACAAGGCUACUCAACACUCCCUCGGUCUGUUCCAUGGCCUGCCGACCUGGUGGAAGAAGCAGCAAGCGGAGCUGCAACGCCAGCAACAACAGCAGGAAGCAAGCGGCACCGAGACGUUCUACGAUACACGCCAGCCCCAGCUAGGAGCACUUCCGUCACCCAUAAAGUCUGAGAAGGAUCUCUCAAGCCCAGCUAGAGCGUCGCAGUCAUGGAGACGAGUCGAAGGUGUGAGGGGCCAGGGUCACAUGCGCUCGGCGUCGCCCUUAAGACAGAACGAAAGCGGCUACAGGACCGCCGCAGAGCAGAGGACUGCGUACCCUCAGGGUAUGGUUUCUCCUGCCUCUCCGUGCGUUUGGGGUCCCAUCGGUCCUCCGUCGAAGCGAACGGCCGACCACCCCCACAGGUACCACCAGAGCCUGAGUGGGUUCGGAAUGCCGAACAGCUUUUCUAUGCUGAACGAUAUGGGUGAACGAGACACCGGAUCUCGAUACUAG